UGGGCGAUUAAAUCAUAGGUGCAUUUCUUUGUUAGGCCAGACAAAACUGUUAAUGGGUAAUUAUCUGUUAGCAUCGGAUUACUUUCAUUAGGAAAUUUCAACAAAACAGGUGUUUCAGAAGUAUAAGUUUUUACCGCGGCUUAUUUCCCGGAUUUCAAGGUACUAGAAUAUUGUUUAUAAAUGUGUAACUCUGACGGAUAUCGAACCAACGCCCACAAAAUAAUAAAAAGGUUGCACCUAUACUAUCGCGGCUAUUAUGUCUAGAUCUAUAAGCAUUUGUAUUUCUCAGUACACCUUCAAAACCGAAGUAUAUGCUAGCGGAAAUGUUUACACUUUUGUACAGUCGUGUGUUAUCUAUGAGCAUAUUGUGUUUAGCUGUUAUCAGCAACAUGUUUUGUAGUAGCGCUGCAAGUUAUAAAUACGCUAUAUAACGGAUAAAGAGUAAACUAAUAAAAAAGUCAACAUCAGCUUUCCAAUCUUUUAAACAAAAACAUGUACAAGGGAAAUAUCAAUAACGUUUUGGUUUUAAAUUUAAAUAUGUAAUGAGAUCCCUGACACUUUAUAAACAGGUUGAACGAAAGAUUGGCGUUGUCUUUGAAAGUUAUGGUCGUUUUGUUUACAGCCAUGCGCCAAAAAUAAUUAUCAUAUCGAUUAUAAUAAACGGUGCCUGUGCAAUAGGGAUCGUUAAUAUGAAAUGGGAAAUAGAUGCUAAAAAAGUUUAUCUUCCCCAAGAGACACAAACCCGAAAAGACAAAAGUCGAGUGGAAAAGAUUUUCCCAGAUAUGAGUGGCUCCAUGUUUAACGUUUUACAGGUAUCUGAUGAGGGAUUUUGGGCCAGAGUUAUAGUCAAGAGUAAAUCUGGAAACCUUCUGAACAGAACCAUACUAGAAGAAAUCGGGUACUUGUCAAACAUGGUUCUAAAUAUAACAGCUGAGAACAGUGAUGGAUCAGUAAUAAAAUUUUCAGAUAUCUGCGCAAUAAACAACAAUAAAUGUUCAGUUGUUGGAAAUAUAUUUUGGGAUGAAGAAUUUCUUACAGCGUCAGAUGAAAAGAGGGUUACUUUCCCGUCUUUCAUUUCAUCAAGAGGCAUUUUCAGAUAUUCGUCUAGUAUUGGUGGAAAUGUAACAACAGACGAAUCUGGAAGAUAUCUUACAAGUAUGGAAUACUUGAAGUUGGAUUAUAUGAUUAGGACAGACGAUCACAUAUUUGAGCACUUAGGUAAAAUUUGGGCAGAUGAAUUCAAGGAAAAAUUAUCAACCUAUAGAAAUGAGUAUUUUGAUAUUGCGUAUGGUCACUUCAACUCGAUUAGUGAAGAGAUUGAUAGGACUAUUUUCGGAGACAUGGCCAUCUUUGUGGGAACAUUAACCAUGAUGGUUGUUUAUGCUUGCAUUGCAACUGUACCGGCAAGUUUGCAACAUGUUGGAGACAGAAUAUGGUUGGGUAUGGCAGGCAUUUUAGCAGCAGGGUUGGCCAUUCCUUCAAGUUUUGGACUGUGUGCAGCAGCUGGUGUUGAUUUUGUUAGUAUUGUUGGCGCGGCUCCGUUUUUGGUGAUUGGAAUUGGGAUCGACGAUAUGUUUAUAUUGUUAGCUGGUUUAUAUGAAGCUCGGAGAAAACCAACUUUGGAAGAAAAAAUUUCAGAUACUUUACGUACUUCAGGCGUUGGAAUUACAAUUACAACAGUAACUGAUCUUAUAGCAUUCAUGGCAGGGGCUGGAACAAAUAUCAUUGCCGUUAGGAGUUUUUGCACCUACGCAGGACUCGCCGUUUUGUUCUGUUACAUCAACAACGUUACGUUCUUUGCUGCCUGUAUGGUUAUAAAUGAAAAACGGAUAGCAAAUAAUCAUCACUUUAUCACAUUCAAGAGGAGGCUAAAGAAUCGAGAUGCCUUACAUGACGAAAUAUCAGACAACACAGAAGUCAAUGAAUACCCUAAAAACUUCAUUGACAAAUUUGUUCACUGGAUAAUUCCAAAAAUAGUGCUGAAAUUUCCAAAUAAGAUUAUUAUAAUAAUUCUGUUCGCUGGAUAUAUUUCCGCAUCUAUUUAUGGCUGUACUCAUUUGAAGCAAGGUCUACUAUUUUCGCAGAUCGUAAAUGACGACUCUUAUUUCUUCAAGUUGGCGCAUUGGAAUGAACAGUACUUUCCGCGACAGUACACUGUAGCGUUCGUGAUACCGGAUGUGCUUGAUUAUUCAGACCCAAAGACGUUUGACAUGAUAAAUGAUGUUAUUAAAAGCGUUCAGUCUAAUAUACAUUUCGACCCAAAUUUUGAGGUUAACUGGUUGAAAGCAUACCGUGGCUCUCCAUAUUACAAUGGCUCCUUGAAAUCAACUUUCAUUGCCGGGCUUAAAAAUUUCACAAAUGAUAAAAAUUAUGCCACGUAUCAAAAUGAUAUAAUUUUCAAUAGAUUUGAUAGCUCAGUUAAGUCCUCGCGCUUUUACGCACUUUCUGCAAACUUACCAAAUAGCCAAGAGGAAGGUAGAAUGAUGUUAGAGGCCCGUGAUAUUGCUAACACUGCAUCAGUUGAAUGUAUAGCGUAUUCACCGUUUUUCGAAUAUUUUGAGCAAUAUGUCUGCGUUCUGGGCCUGACUUUGAAAUCCAUAGGAAUUACAUUUGCAGCAGUGUUUGUUAUAACUUGUAUGUUUAUGCCACAUCCUGUACUGGUAACCUUAGUUACACUUGUUGUGGUGGUGAUAAUGAUCGGUGUAUUUGGAGUUAUGUAUUACUUAGAUAUCGCUUUAAGUGCUGUCACUAUGAUUCAAUUAAUUAUGACUGUUGGUUUUGCAAUUGACUUUUCAGCCCAUAUCUGUCACGGCUAUAUGGUUGCUGACAAUAAAAACGCGAAUGCAAGGGUAAAAGAAACAAUAGAAAGAACUGGUGCCCCAAUUUUACAUGGUGCAUUAUCUUCUAUACUAGGUAUUUCAUUACUUAUCUCGGCAAAAUCUUUUGUUUUCAGAACUUUUCAAUCGAUCAUGUUUUUUGUGCUUUUCUUUGGUAUAACCCACGCUCUUUUCCUAGUGCCAGUUAUAUUACCAUGGGUUUGGCCUAGUAAAGAACCUUCUGCGCCCAAGCAGUUGAUAGAUAACUGCAAUCAAAUCCUGCCUUUGACGGACAAAACUAACGUUAAAAAUGGUAGUCCAAGUACAUGCUAUGACAUUAACAGCCAAACGUUAUCUUUAGAUGUUGAAGAGGUGUUGAAAGAUAUCAAUAUAAGAGAAACAGUUCUUUAAAUGAUUAAUAAAGGGACGUUAUCAUGAUAUUUUUACACAAGAAAAGCUACCUAAGGUAAAGUGAUUAAAUUUUAUUUUUGGAGUUCUUUUUAUCUAAUUAAAAGUUUGUGAAAUAAAUGUUUAUAUACUAGGGCCGUUAGAGGUGUUGCACACUCCAUUACUUCUUAGGAACAUACUCAGUCAAACAGUGUUUGCUAUUAUUUUGCUUGGUUGCAAUUCUUUGCAUCCAAAUGAUCUUCUUGAAAUUUAAUUAUAUAUGCUAUUAUAUUUUAUAUUUACUGAUUUCAUAAUUCAGGUGAACUUAUUUUAAAACUGCCAAUUAAUCCGUUGUUGUCGUUGGUAUAAUAAUAGUUAGACGAUUAAUUGAAACUCGGAACAAUCUUUUUAGCAUACAACCGUUAGGAGCAACAAUUAGGAAUGGGGUUUCCAUGAUGUGUUGUGUAUCUGCCUUUUGGCAUCUACAUAAUUAUAAACAAAUGAAAUAUAUAAGUACAUCACAUAAUUGCUUUUUGUCCUGCGUUAUUAAAGGAAAUGAAUAAAGAUUUUUUUUUAAUCAAAUAAUAUGUUGGCCUAAUGUUAUUCGCUCUUAUAUGCUGAUGACACCAGGGAGUUGACAAACGAAUAAAUUUUACAUACCGCAAUCUUUACAUACGUACCGUUGUUCUUUCACGUUUCAGGUGCAAGACGUUUUCUUAUUUAUUUUGUUGCACUUUGAUUACCUCUGAUUUUACUUUUUCAUUACUUUUUAUACCCCAACCAAACAUGUUUGGAGUGGGGUAUAUAGGAUUCAGUUUUGUCGCGUCCCGUCGCGUCCCGAAAUCUAUUAUCUCAUUUAUUACUAAAUGGAUUUGAUUCAAACUUAAAAUAGAUGUUCCACCUUAUCACCCUUAUCAUGUGACACAAGGUGCAUAACUCUGACACCAAGUUUUCAUGAAUUAUGUCCCCUUUUACUUAGAAUUUAAAGUUAAUUUUGUUGUAUUUUCACUAUAUCUCAGUUAUUACUAAAUGGAUUUGAUUCAAACUUAAAAUAGUUGUUCCACCUCAUCACCCACAUCAUGUGACAUAAGGUGCUUAACUCUGACAUCAUUUUUUUAUGAAUUAUAUCCCCUUUUUACUUUAAAUUUAAGGUUGAUUUUGAUGUAUUUUCACUAUAUCCCAGUUAUUACAAAAUGGAUUUGAUUCAAACUUAAAAUAGAUGUUCCACCUCAUCACCCACAUCAUGUGACACAAGGUGCAUAACUCUGACACCAAUUGUUCAUGAAUUCGUCACCUUGGCGCAAAAAGUACUGUAACUGGCUUUUUAAAUUUUUUACAGGAGACACAAAAAACUGUUUUGCUUAUUUUCAGUAAACCUUUUUAAUACCAUACCAUAGUGCGAAGUAACUAAUUAUCAGGCCAAUUUAACUUCUUUUAAACAUUAUAAUCAUUCAUUAGACCAUAAAAAGUAAUUAGAUAUUCUUUUCCACUUACAUGACUCUUUGCGCUAAAUUUCUUACACGCAAAAAGUCAUGUUAGUGCAGUUACCAGACUUUUUGCACUAAUUUUUAAUGUGAAGAAGUCAAGUUACAGCAUUUCACAUACAUUUUGAAAAUGCUGUGAUAUCAUAAAUAAGGCCAAAAACAUUGUGCUCAUGGUUAAUUUGAUACAUAAAAAAAUGUAAGUUGAAGAAAAAAUAAUCUGCUUUGUUUUUACAGUUUAUUUUGAAUAGCAAGCAGUUUGUACUAAACUAGAGUGACCAUUUAAAUACAGUUAAAUGACCAUAUUUUGCAAUAUCAGCACUGUUUGCAAAACAUAUUCAUAAAGUAAACUUAUUGCAUUUUUCAACUCUGUCUCAAUUUUAAGCAAAUACAUACUAUAUUUUUAAACCACAAAUUAUUGAAAUCAGAAUGGCAGUAACAACUAGGGCAGUGAAAGGUCUUUUACACAAGAGACAAGUUAUCAUAAUCAGUUAUGGUAGGCAGAUGGAAUUAUAUUCUUUCUGCAAAGACCAACCAAAUUACAUUUGCCUCUUGAUAAUUUUGGCUGAUUUGCAUCAUUCCCCAAAAAGGGGGUAAAGUUUGGGCAGUUGUGAUCUUUCUCUCAAGUUUGGUUUUAACCUUACCAGGUGUACUGCUCCAUCAAAGUCAUACUUUAUCAGGGUCCUCAAUAAUAAAUUGAAUUUUUUUUUUUAUUAUCCUCCACCUAUCUUUAAGCCCAUUAGUAUGAAUAUCAAAGUUUUUGAUGUUUGAUUCCAUUAGCUUAAAGUAAAAAAAAGUCAUUUCUGUGACAUGAUAGUGUUAAUUUUUGUACAACAUGCCAUUUUUAGCUCACCUGAGCAAUGCUCAGGUGAGUUUUUCUGAUCGCUCGAUGUCCGGCGUCUGUCGUCCGUCGUCUGUCGUCUGUCGUCUGUCAACAUUUAGCUUGUGUAUGCGAUAGAGGCUGUAUUUUUCAAUUAAUCUUCAUGAAUGUUGGUCAGAAUGAUAACCUUGAUAAAAUCUAGGCCGACUUCGAAAAUGGGUCAUCUCGGGUCAAAAACUAGGUCACUAGGUCAAAUCAAAGAAAAACCUUGUGUAUGCGAUAGAGGCUGUAUUUUUCAAUUAAUCUUCAUGAAUAUUGAUCAGAAUGAUAACCUUGAUGAAAUCUAGGCCGAGUUCAAAAAUGGGUCAUCUGGGGUCAAAAACUAGGUCACUAGGUCAAAUCAAAGAAAAACCUUGUGUAUGCGAUAGAGGCUGUAUUUUUCAAUUGAUCUUCAUGAAUAUUGGUCAGAAUGAUUGCCUUGAUGAAAUCUAGGCCAAGUUCGAAAAUGGGUCAUCUGGGGUCAAAAACUAGGUCACUAGGUCAAAUCAAAGAAAAACCUUGUGUAUGCGAUAGAGGCUGUAUUUUUCAAUUAUUCUUCAUGAAUAUUGGUCAGAAUGAUAACCUUGAUGAAAUCUAGGCCGAGUUCUAAAAUGGGUCAUCUGGGCUCAAAAACUAGGUCACUAGGUCAAAUCAAAGAAAAACCUUGUGUAUGCGAUAGAGGCUGUAUUUUUCAAUUGAUCUUCAUGAAUUUUGGUCAGAAUGAUUACCUUGAUGAAAUCUAAGCCGAGUUCGAAAAUGGGUUAUCUGGGGUCAAAAACUAGGUCACUAGGUCAAAUCAAGGAAAAACCUUGUGUAUGCGAUAGAGGCUGUAUUUUUCAAUUGAUCUUCAUGAAUUUUGGUCAGAAUGAUUACCUUGAUGAAAUCUAGGCCGAGUUCGAAAAUGGGUCAUCUGGGCUCAAAAACUAGGUCACUAGGUCAAAUCAAAGAAACACCUUGUUUAUGCAGUAGAGGCUGUAUUUUUCAACUGAUCUUCAUGAAAUUUAGCCAGAAUGAUUACCUUGAUGAAAUCUAGACCAAUUUUGAAAAUGGGUCAUCUGGGGUCAAAAACUAGGUCACUAGGUCAAAUCAAAGAAAAACCUUGUGUAUGCGAUAGAGGCUGUAUUUUUCAAUUGAUCUUCAUGAAAUUUGGUCAGAGUGAUUGCCUUGAUGAAAUCUAGGUCGAGUUUGAAUAUGGGUUAUCUGAGGUCAAAAACUAGGUCACUAGGUCAAAUUAAAGAAAAAUCUUGUGUAUGCGAUAGAGACUGUUUUUUUUUCAAUUGAUUUUUAUGAAAUUUGGUCGAAAUUUUGUCAGAGUGAUUACCUUGAUGAAAUCUAGGCCAAGUUCGAAAAUGGGACACCCGGGGUCAAAAACUAGGUCACUAGGUCAAAUCAAGGAAUAACCUUAUGUAUGCGAUAGAGGCUGUAUUUUUCAUUUUAUCUUCAUGAAUUUUGGUCAGAAUGAUUACCUUGAUGAAAUCUAGGCCGAGUUUGAAAAUGGGUUAUUUUGGGUUAAAAAGUAGGUCACUAGGUCAAAUCAAAGAAAACCCUUGUGUAUGCGAUAGAGGCUGUAUUUUUCAACUGAUCUUCAUGAAAUUUUGUCAGAAUGAUAACCUUGAUGAAAUCUAGACCAAUUUUGAAAAUGGGUCAUCUGGUGUCAAAAACUAGGUCACUAGGUCAAAUCAAAGAAAAACGUUUUGUAUGCGAUAGAGGCUGUAUUUUUUAAUCGAGGUUGAUGAAAUUUAGUCAGAAUUGUUGCCUUGAUCAAAUCUAGGUCAAAAAUUAGAAUAUAGGUCAUCUUAGCUCAAAAACUAGGUCACUAGGUCAAAUUGAAGAAAAUACUUGUUUACACUUAAGAGACCACAUUUUUGAUCCAAUCUUAAUGAAAAUUGGUCAGAAUAUUUGUUUCCAUGAAAUCACUAUGUCAAACAUGUUUACACUGUUAUGGUGUGUUUAUCAGGUGAGCGACCUAGGGCCAUCUUGGCCCUCUUGUUACAACUGUUGCAAAUGCAAACUGUGAGGUUGUGUAAAUUGAGAUGUUUUUACAUGCGCGAUCGAUACAAGAAUAAAACAAAUCAUUUUCAUUUUGGGUAAGACCCCGUUCUAAAAAUUAUGCGGAUGUGAAAAACACAUGAUGAAAUUUCAUUGGACUCCCUGGUUGCAGUUUUUUCACUCCAGCCACUUUUUGUUCUCUGGCAAAAUUUUUAGUUGUAAUCUGUUGCUCAAAAUUUAGGUUAUACAUAAUUAAUUUUAGGUCAGUUGUGAAGCAAGUUUUACAACUCAUAUUAAUCGCUCUUGACACCUCAUUUCAGAUGGAAUCCAUCACCACGAGAGUAUGAGAGAAGAGAAGUCAGUUUCCUUUUUAAUUUCCCUUUUAAUGCUGAGCAUCAUGCAUUUUUAGGGAGCCACUGGUACCAUUUUUAACGCCUUUGGUAUGACACGGCCAGGGAUCGAACCCAUGACCUCCCGAACUCGAAGCGGACCCUCUACCACUAGGCUAUCAAAAUUUGCGCUGUUCUGGUCAUUUUCUUUGUUUUCGUGCAUGUUCUUGUUUGCAAAACAUAUAUCACACUGAUCUCUAAUGACAUUUCCUUGAGUUGUUACUGCACAACCUUUAGCGAUCUGUUAUUUACUCUUUUUUUAGUUAAAAUGAAGUUGAAUAGUUUUGGACAAUCAUAGUUAAUUGUAUAAAAAUGUUUCAGCAUGUAAAAAUUUAAAAUGUUGGUUUAUAUGUAACGGAAAGGCAACUGCAAUGAAAAACGUCUGUUUACAUUAGUAAGAAGACUGAAGAGUAAUGAAAAUGCAGUAUGUGUUGUUACCGUCUACAUUUUCAAGGUGUAUAUUCAUGUUUUAUUUUAUGCUUCUUUGUCAAGUACUGGAAUAUAGCAGUGAAAUAAAAUUGAUAUUUCACUGUUUCAAACAGUGAACAUAUCAUUUUCAUUUUUCACAAGGAUGAAACUACACUUGAAUACAAAAUGAAAUUAAUUAUAAAUAAUUGGAAAUUUUUUGCAAAUAUACUUAAGUAAAAGAUAUUGAAGCACGGACAUAAAGAUACACUCAACCAUUAUAAUAAAAUGUAAAAGAAUUCUGUCAAUAUUUGACAGUUUUUCAACAUAGAAUGAUAUCAUGACAAAUCACAGCAACGGGCAUCAUGGUGCAAUUCACAUGGCAUUAAAUCAUAAAAUAAAAAGAAAAUUUGUUGUUUUACUUGUAAGAUAGAAAUAUAUUUCACUGUUGAAUGCCAUAAUUUAUAUUUUCACUCACGGAUGCGCCUCUGUAUACUGACAGUUUAUAUUUACUUUGUAGAUAUAUGUAGGAAAUCAUAUUUAACAACAUAGGCUACCAGAAAGAAGCAAAAGAAAAAAUAUUAAAAUAUUUUAUGUAGAAUGUGGUAUUUUUUGUAAAGAUCAGUCUAAAUCUGAGUACUUUAUCUAAAUAACACACAGAAAGGUAUUGAUACCUAUGACUUUUAGGUUUUAGUUCCGUUGUGUAUGAUGUAAAUCAUUUAUAUAGUGAAGAAAGAAAAACAUUCUGUAGAAAAAUGUUAUGAUAGAAAUGUGUAAAUUGUUGUUUUGAUGUCAUCAGUGACAUCAUCAGUGAGUAUUUAAAUGAAAUGAAGGAUUAAAUAAACAACAACAUACAUUUAAAUAAUCAGAUUCUGACAGUGUAAGCUUCUGACAUAAAGCUUUUGUUAUUAAAUAAUAUCAUUUUUCAAAAAAGAAAUUGACGCAAAAAGUAUGUAUGUACUAAGUGCAGUUACAAUACUUUUUGCACAAAAUCAUUUACGGUUAAUUUGAAGAUCUGUGGUGCAAAAACUCUAGUAAGUGCACUUACCAUAGUUAUUGCGCCAACAAAUUUUGAAGUGCAGUUACGUGUUUAAUUUUUUUUGCCAAAAAAGACAGUUUUCAUCAAAAUACAGCUUCCAAACUUUUAUGGAUAAUGAAAAUUGAUAUUUAUGACCUAAAAAUGCCAAAAAGUGAUUUUCCCAAAAAUGUUAGUUACAUGACUUUUUGCUCCAAGGUGACGAAUUAUGCCCCUUUUUACUUAGAAUUUAAGGUUAAUUUUGAUGUAUAUUCACUGUUUCUCAGUUACUAAUAAAUGCAUUUGAUUUAAACUUAAAAUAGAUGUUCCACCUCAUCACCCACAUCAUGUGACACAAGGUGCAUAACUCUGACACCAAUUUUUCUUGGAUUAUGUCCCCUUUUACUUAGAAUUUAAGGUUAAUUUUGAUGUAUUUUCACUAGAUCUCAUUCUGAUUGGCUUAGAGCCGAAGGGAAGUAACCUUUUCUUAAUCUUUGUACUGAGUUUCUUCCCCUUAAAUUCCAGGAAUUAGUCUAUCUUUAGAAAUCCUAUUUUUUGAUUUUCAAUAUUUUUGGUAUUUUUCUAACUUUUUUAUUAUCAGUCCUAUGUAAAAAGUAAAUACAUUUUUCGGUGGUAACAUGGGUCGGUAAGACAUUUUUCUGUAUUCACUUUUAGUGUAUCUCUAAUAUUAGAGAUUUUUAUAUUUACCUCAUCCCUCAUCCAGGGCACAUAAUUAUACUAGUAUUACUUAUAUGUGGAAGUCCAGGAUGAAGUACUCUAAAGACGAGUAAACUUCUUUUUACGUAUUAAGCUUUUUUGACAUUUUUAUAUUAUUCUAAGUAUUUUUAAGAUUAAUUAUGGUUGCCAUUCUUCUGUGACAAGACCGUAUGGUGGGAGUAUGAGUCACUCCUGUGACAGUUCUAGUUUUAUUUGAUAUGUAUAAAAGGUUCAGCUUAUGAUAUGCUCUUCUUCUUUCUUCUCUGGUCAACAACUGUCCGGAGUCUGUCUUCUUCCAUCUUUUUUCAUGAAUGUAAAAAACUCUAAACACAUUUGCAAGUUUUGAAGGAUUUCAAUUGCCGAGCAAGUAUUUACAUCACCAUAUAUAGGAGGGGUUGUAUUACGCUAAAAUUAACUCACACGUCUUAUCGGGUAUUAUGUAUCGGUAGCGUUCUUGGACCAGUUUUACUUUAUAGAUAUAAUAUGAAUUUAUUUAUCUAAUUGCAUUUUUGCAUUCUAAAUUUUUACGGUUGAACACAUAGUGUAAAUACGCCCGUUAUGGUAAAACAGACGUACAAUGUGAUGACACGUGUGUCCGUCAGUCCGUCUGUCAUAUUCCGUGUCCGGAGCAUCACUUAAUAACCAUUCAAAGUAUUUACUUUUGACUUUGUUUAUAGGUAGAUGACGAUGAGGCAAUAUGCUGAAUUUAGUCGGUAGGUCAAAAAUCAAUGUCACAAAUGGAGUUCAUAGGUCAAAUUUGACCCUUUUAUUUCGUGUUCGGAGCAUAAUUUAAAUAACCAUUCAAGGUAUUUUAAAUUUUGCAUAUCAAACGUCAAUAAGAUAUACCAGACCUGAAGAGCAAAGGUCAAUGGUACAGCAAGGUCAAAUCUGUCUGUAUUAUUUUGUGUCCAUAGCAUAACCUGAUAACCAUUCAAGGUACUGACUUCAAACUUGGCAUAAAAGUAGGUGUCGAUGAGAAGAUGUGCAAAGUGCAUGAACUUGGUCAAAAGUCAAUAUCACAAAUCUGUCGUUUGUGUUUUGUAACUAGUAAACUAUUCUAUGUAUUGACUUUGAACGUUGCAGAAAGAUGGAUGGUGAUGAGGUGGUUUUACGAACGCAGCAAUCCACAUUAUCCCCAUACCAACCCCUAACCCCUCCUAAACCCAUCUUUCCCAAAACGUCACUUCAGUAUCUUUAUGCCUUCGUAUUCGAGCAUAAACCAGAUCAAUAGAUCAAAGGUAAAAGUUACAGCAAUGUCCGAUUAGUCGAUAUACAGAGCGCAUGAACUUAAGUAUUGACUUAAAACUUGGAAUAUAGGUAAAAAUAUUCAUUUUUUUAGCUCUUUCUGCAUGAGUAUUCCUUCACUGUCGCCUCUCAGUCGCCACCCCUUCCAAUCCUCAUCCACUGCCACUUUACAUCCCUAUUCCAAUACGCAAGCACGCGCGCACACACACUCCAAAAUAUUUCUUUGAAUCUAAAGUUAACAUCCCCCCUUUGAUCUGGAACUCCAUCGUAUAUUGACCCGCUUUGCAAAAGUCUUGUUUCCAUUUUUUGUUUGUUUAUAGGUACAUGGUAUUUUUCAGUUUUUACAAGGAACCGUAAAAUAAAUACCUUAAUGUCAUUCCUCUUAAUAUCUUUUUUGUUUUUCAGGCAUAUUUAUUUUUCCAAUGGUAUACCUUUAUUGUCUUACUUCUUUGGAACAUAGUUUUCUUUUUAUAAAAGAAUUAGUACUCUUUCUUACGUUAGCAAGUUAUUUGUCACUUUACUACCUGCUAUACAUUAUAGAAUAUAUAUAAAACAUAUCGUAUUUGUAGGAAUGAAAGUAGUAAUUCGCCGGAUAUGCCUCCGUGGUUCACACUAAUGUAGUCCAUAUAAAUAUAAAGUGCAUUUUUUCCGCCUAGUAAAGGUCAUUAUCAUGCCACGAUGAUUUUGAGCUACGUUAUAUAGUCACUUGUCUUAGUCACGUGACCAUGGUUUCACUGCGUUAUGGUCAACACCAUAUUUUUUUGGUAUCUUUUGAUUGCCUAAAGACAGACCUUCAAGACAAAGGUAGUCUCACAGGAAGUGAAAGACUGAAUAUCAACUAUUUAAAUACAAUCAUCAAGUGUAUGAAAUUAAAGUCCUCGGUCAAUAAUACAAGUCGAUAAAAACAGAUGUUUUUUUUUUUUUUCAUUUUAUAAUUUUUAGAAUAUGAAAAACCAAUGUUAACUAAAAAUAAUAGUAUGCUUGAAAAGUGAGUUGUGUAAACAGAAAAUCAAAACGAAUCAGCAUAAUUGUAGCGCGCACGUGGGUGCGUGUAUUCAAAUCGUUAUUUCGUGUGAGAAGUAAUACAAAAAGAACAUAGUAGUUACGCCAUAAAGUAAUUUAUGGAUUAUUCGUUUAUUAUUGUAUCAAUAAAUCAACAAAUCAUUAAAUUAACAAAUCAUCGAAUUAUUCAUUAACCAUCUAGUAUUUGAAUACACUUAGCGUCAGCUAUUGCGAUUGUGCCAAAUUUCUUUUAAGUACAAACAUUAUUUUUAUAUUAAAGUAAGGCGACAUUCAUAGUGUAUUUUUUUAUUCCGAACAGACUUUUACAUUAAACCCGGUCCGAAUAGUUUUCUUUAUAAAUCUAUGAAAAAAUUGGAAAUGGAUAAACUUGGCUGGAUAAUAUACAAAGGUCACUACAUUAGAUUUAAAAAAAAGUUAUAAAUACCUCAGGGGCCACGACUUAACAUGAACAUGAAACAAAUUUUCUUGUUGAUCCGGUUAUAUUUAUUGAUAAAUAAGAUUUUACCUAGUGACGUUGGUUUGGGACAGGGAUGAUUUUAAUUUGUUGACCGCAGACACAGAUCUCAUCAGUGACUUUAUCACGGCAAACAUUCUAAUCAGGUUUCAUCAAUUUGAAAAUGGAUUUAAAAUUGUGACUUCUGUAGAGAAGCCUCCUGUUAAUGGCGACCGACCAAUGUCAAAGACAAUGGACACAGGUGGUCACAAUUCCUCAGUGAGCAAACUAUAUAAAGGAAAUAGAAAAAAUGAAGAAUUGAACGAUGUAAAAGCACAAAAUGGUAAAAUUCAAUUGCUUAAAAGCUUAUAAUUACCUCCCCAUUUUUGUCGCUGUCCACACUGUCAAUAUUCAAUCAAUCUACACCAUGUACUUAUAGUCCUUUUCGGCGCUUUACAACCAAAUCAACAAGUCGUUAACAGUUAGACGGAUUCCUCUAGGGCCCAUUUCAAGGCUUUCAGUGCCAAGCAAGAAGUUUAUAACGUGUAUUGUUUAUGUUUAUUUCUUGAAUGAGAUCUUUGUUAUAUAUGAAAGAGACACAAACUUAUUUGAUAUGGGAGAUAGUUCUGGCUAUACUAUAUGUUUAGAAAAUAAGUAAAAAGCUCCUUUUGAACUAUUCCCUUACUUUAGAAGGUGUACUUUCAGUAUAAAGUUCGGCAGUUAUAGUCAUAAAAUAGGAAGUAAUAUGUUAUCAAUGGAAAAGAAAGAAAACACUGGUUUAAAGAGGUUUACAAUUUGUUUAAUAUUUACAUUAUAACGUUCUUCUUUUCAUUAAAUUUUGUUUCAUCCAAACAAAGAUCUAUUCAGUUUAAAUGUUUUUAAUGUUUUCAUAUCCGUGUAAAAAGAUAUUUUGAUACCAGUUUGAUACCAGUUAUGCCCGUUAUACAGCCUUUCGUAAAAAUUUUAACCAUAGUUUCUGUACUCCUUCUUUUGUUCCCUACCUUCUUCGGAGACAAAAAGGGGUAAGAAAUGGUCUGCUUCCUCCCGUCCUAUGGUCAGUCCGUCCAUUACACUUCGUGCCCAGUCCAUAACUCCAUUAGUUAUCCAUGUAGGGAUUUAGAAAUAACUUGGCACAAAUAUCCCCCAUAACGAGACAACGUGUCAUGCACAAUACCAAUACCCCUAGCUUCAAGGGCAAGGUCACACCUAGAAGUCAAAGGUUGAUAAGGUCUGUGUCGUUUAAAAAAAUAGAAAAUGGGUGUAUUCAAUUAUAAAAAUGCAAGACAAGCCGUCUUAAACUUUUACUAUGCUCAACUUUUUCGAAAAUAUUGUAUCAUCUUUUGAUAAUUCUAAAUAAAAUAUAUAAACCAAAUGUGUACAAAAGAUUGCAUUUACAAUUACAUGUCAUGUGGUAUUAAAACCACCAUUGAAUUUUCACUCGGUGUUUAUAUACAUAUAUAUCUAUAAGUUACUCUAAAAUUUCAAGAUCCAAGCACACAGUUUGAACAUAAUGCGUAAUUUAAGAGAAGAAAAGAAGAUAAGCACUAUAUAUCAGGCUUCAGAGUACACACGUUUGAAAAAUGUCGCAAUAGUGCACAUCGAUUAAUAAGGUUAAAAUAUGAAGGUCUUGAUGACCCUGUAUCAAUCCUCAGAAUGUAUAUACAAAUUGAUAGAUAAAGUUUCGACAGAAAUAUGCAGAAGUGACCUUUUACCAACUUUGAGUAAUCAAAAACAUUCUGUUAAUGACUGAUAAGAAAUAAUACCUGAAAUUGGCAUUUUUCUCAACGUCAAUGGCCCUAAUUAGUAAUAUUUCCAAUUAAAGGUAUUUACUGAUAUCUAGUGGUUUUAUACAUUCCUUCAAGUUGACUGCACAUGUAUGUACUUACUGGCAAAUUUGGUUAAUGCAAUGGCAACUCGUUGUUUUCGAUCUGUAGCUCUGUACAUUCUGUGCAAUGUUUAUGAAUGCGAAUGUAAGCUAUGAAAAUUCGGACUAAUUCAACUGCCAUAACUCUGAUGUUUUUAAGACAAUAUUACUCAAUAUCGAACUUUUCUGAGAUAUUGUUAGCACAGUGAAAGUCGACCAGACAGAGAGGUAACGACGGAGGACGACGGAGGAAGAGUGAUCAACAAUUACAAAAAAAUGUAUUUGAUCAGAGUAAAUGAAUUCAUAAUAAACAUGAAGAAAGUUAAUAUACAACUAAUCGAAAAAAGAAAAAUCAACUGAUAGAUAAAAACUGCUUGUUUAUUAUUUUCUUUAUCGUUUUGAUAAUUACUGAAAUUAAUAUUAAACAUUAAAUUAAUGUAUAUGAUGA